CCGCCUCCGGGCUCGGUUUGAAAUUCCGCGGGGGCCUAACGGCUCGCAGAGCCGCGACCCGGAGCAAGCCCGCCGGUGCUUGCGGGAGGUUGCCGCGCUCGGCCCUGCGUGGAGGUCUGGGGCCUCGACGCCCGGCUGCUUGGAGCGUCCGCCAUGAGGAGAAGUGAGGUGCUGGCGGAGGAGUCAAUAGUAUGUCUCCAGAAAGCUCUGAAUCACCUUCGGGAAAUAUGGGAAUUAAUUGGGAUUCCAGAGGACCAGCGGUUACAAAGAACGGAGGUUGUAAAGAAGCAUAUCAAGGACCUCCUGGAUAUGAUGAUUGCUGAAGAGGAGAGCCUGAAGGAAAGGCUCAUCAAAAGCAUAUCCGUCUGUCAAAAAGAGCUGAAUACCCUGUGCAGCGAGUUACAUGUCGAGCCAUUUCAGGAGGAAGGAGAGACGACCAUCUUGCAACUAGAAAAGGAUUUGCGCACUCAAGUAGAACUGAUGCGAAAGCAGAAAAAGGAGAGAAAACAGGAACUGAAACUACUUCAGGAACAAGAUCAAGAGCUGUGUGAAAUUCUUUGCCUGCCCCACUAUGACGUGGACAGCUCGUCCGUUCCCAGCCUAGAGGAGCUGAGCCAGUUCAGACAGCACGUGGCCACUUUGAGGGAGACAAAGGCCUCUAGACGUGACGAGUUUGUCAACAUAAAGAGACAGAUCAUACUGUGUAUGGAAGAAUUAGAUCACACCCCAGACACAAGCUUUGAAAGAGAUGUGGUGUGUGAAGAUGAAGACGCCUUUUGUUUGUCUCUGGAGAAUAUCGCGACACUACAAAAGUUGCUACGGCAGCUGGAAAUGCGAAAGUCACAAAAUGAAGCAGUGUGUGAGGGUCUGCGGGCUCAAAUCCGAGAGCUCUGGGACAGGUUACAAAUACCUGCAGAAGAGAGAGAAGCUGUGGCCACGGUUAUGACUGGGUCAAAGGCCAAGGUCAGGAAAGCGCUGCAGUUGGAAGUGGAUCGGUUGGAGGAACUGAAGAUGCAGAACAUGAAGAGAGUGAUUGAGGCGAUUCGAGUGGAGCUGGCUCAGUACUGGGACCAGUGUUUCUACAGCCAGGAGCAGAGACAGGCUUUCGCCCCUUACUAUGCCGAGGACUACACAGAAAAUCUGCUUCAGCUCCAUGAUGCCGAGAUCGUGCGGUUAAGAAACUACUAUGAGGUUCACAAAGAACUCUUCGAAGGUGUCCAGAAGUGGGAAGAAAGCUGGAGGCUUUUUUUGGAGUUUGAGAGAAAAGCUUCAGAUCCAAGUCGAUUUACAAACCGCGGAGGAAAUCUUCUAAAAGAAGAAAAGCAACGAGCCAAACUUCAAAAAAUACUCCCUAAGCUGGAAGAGGAGCUGAAGGCACGGAUUGAAAUGUGGGAACAGGAGCAUUCGCAGGCAUUUGUGGUGAAUGGGCAGAAAUUCAUGGAGUAUGUGACAGAACAAUGGGAGAUGCAUCGAAUGGAGAAGGAGCGAGCCAAGCAAGAGAGACAACUAAAGAACAAGAAGCAGACAGAGACAGAGAUGCUCUAUGGCAGUGCUCCCCGAACCCCCAGCAAGCGGCGAGGACUGGUACCCAACACACCGGGCAAAGUGCGCAAGCUGAACACUACCAUCAUGUCCAACGCUACGGCCAACAGCAGCAUUCGGCCUGUCUUUGGGGGGACAAUCUACCGCUCCCCUGUGUCUCGACUUCCACCUUCUGGCAGCAAGCCGGUCGUCACUUCCACUUGUUCGGGGAAAAAAACGCCCCGUGCUGGCAGGCAUGGAGCCAACAAGGAGAACCUGGAGCUCAACGGCAGCAUCCUGAGUGGUGGGUACCCUGCCUCGGCCCCCCUCCAGCGCAACUUCAGCAUUAAUUCUGUUGCCAGCACCUAUUCUGAGUUUGCGAAGGAUCCGUCCCUCUCUGACAGCUCCACUGUCGGGCUUCAGCGAGAACUUUCAAAGGCUUCCAAAUCUGACGCUACUUCUCGAAUCCUCAAUUCGACCAACAUCCAGUCCUGAGAGGCCCUGAGCGGUCAGCCAGCUGUGGCUUCCUGUGCCUAGACUAGAUCUAAUUAUCUAUGUGGCUUUCAUUUUUCUUGAGUUUAGGUGUGCUUGAGAAUCUGGACAGGUUCCACUACCACGGGCCUAACUUACAGAAGUGAAUGAGUGUCACAGAGCAAAGUCCAUCAUAGGCUUAGUGGGUCUUCAAAGACUUGAUUUUGUUUUGACCCAAGAAAUACAUUAAAACUUAGUUCAUAGCAGUAAGUGCAAAUUUUAGCAUAUGGAACCUAAUUUUUCUCUACCCCGUAAUUCUGCUUGCUGAAGCACGAGCAAGGGCGUGUCGUAUUUCACCAUGGUGUGGGAAAAGGAGUGUGCCGGUCCUUGGGGUAGGGACCUGAAGCAAUAUUGGCUCGUAGGCUGUCACUAGUAAUUAACAUCUUUUUUGUUGAGGGACGCGGAGUUAACGCUCUGGCUACAGUAGCUUUGCUCUCACCUAAAGAUCUGUCUCCACCACACAGGACAGCCUUCCUCCUGCUGAGGAUGUGUGUGUGUCAGAAGUGGAGAUGGCCUGACCUACUGCCAAAGAGGUGACAGGGAGGCUGGGAGCUCCUUUGUUAAACUGUGUACAGUUCUGUUAUUGUGCAAUGCCCUUUGUGGGGACGUGUGUGUGAACACAUGCCUGUCUGAACUCUGUUUCUGCAGUUUUCCUCUGGGUUGAGUCCCCCCAUCCCUCUGCCCGCUAGGUCCGAGUUCAUCUACCCCGGCAGUUGCCGAGCUGGGAGGCUGUUUGGAUGGGUUGGGCCAUUUCUGUUGUGGAGAUCUGGAACUUUGCACAAAUCAGUAUUGGGGAGUUGUUUCUGCUCCAGCGUCCACGUCUUUACCUACCCUACUGAUCACUACUGCUCUCCCCAAAGCACUAUUUAUUCUUACCUUGUCUGCCUCUGUCAGCACGUUCAAUGGUUCUCAAAACUCACCAGCGUGGAUUUGGUCUGUGUCCGCCAUGCUGCUUAGACGUAUACAUGUCCUGUUUUUAAAAUAUAAAUAUAUUCUUAAAAAUAAAUUAAAAUGUGUAUACUUACCUUUCAAA